AUGGCGGCGGCGGCCGCCCCGGCGGGUGGCGCGGGGCGCUCGAAGGUGGCCCCGAGUGUAGACUUUGACCACAGCUGCUCGGACAGCGUCGAGUACCUCACCCUCAAUUUCGGGCCCUUCGAGACCGUGCAUCGCUGGCGUCGCCUCCCACCCUGCGACGAGUUCGUGGGGGCCCGGCGCAGCAAACACACCGUGGUGGCUUAUCGGGAUGCGAUCUACGUGUUCGGCGGCGACAACGGGAAGACGAUGCUGAACGAUCUGCUGCGCUUCGACGUGAAGGACUGCUCGUGGUGCAGGGCUUUCACAACGGGGACGCCACCAGCACCACGGUACCACCACUCUGCUGUGGUCUACGGGAGCAGCAUGUUUGUGUUUGGUGGUUACACUGGAGAUAUCUAUUCCAAUUCUAACCUGAAGAAUAAAAACGACCUCUUUGAGUAUAAGUUUGCAACUGGGCAAUGGACAGAGUGGAAGACUGAGGGAAGGUUGCCAGUGGCCAGGUCAGCUCAUGGUGCGACAGUUUACAGUGACAAGCUGUGGAUCUUUGCUGGAUAUGAUGGCAAUGCACGAUUAAAUGACAUGUGGACAAUAGGCCUGCAGGACAGAGAGCUGACCUGCUGGGAAGAGAUUGAACAAAGUGGUGAAAUUCCUCCUUCCUGUUGUAAUUUUCCCGUGGCAGUUUGCAAAGACAAGAUGUUUGUUUUCUCUGGCCAGAGUGGAGCAAAGAUUACCAAUAACCUCUUCCAGUUUGAAUUCAAGGAAAAGAUCUGGACACGGAUCCCCACGGAGCACCUGCUGCGGGGCUCGCCGCCCCCUCCCCAGCGGCGAUACGGACACACAAUGGUGGCCUUCGACCGGCACCUCUACGUCUUCGGGGGGGCUGCAGACAACACGCUGCCCAACGAGCUCCACUGCUACGACGUGGACUCCCAGACCUGGGAGGUCAUCCAGCCCAGCCCAGACAGUGAGUUACCCAGUGGGAGACUCUUCCAUGCGGCAGCAGUUAUCUCGGAUGCUAUGUACAUCUUUGGUGGCACAGUGGACAAUAACAUCAGAAGUGGAGAGAUGUACAGAUUCCAGUUUUCUUGUUACCCUAAAUGCACUCUCCAUGAAGACUAUGGAAGGCUGUGGGAAAACAGACAGUUCAGUGACUUGGAGUUUGUUUUGGGAGAGAAGGAGGAGCGAGUCCGAGGGCACACUGCGAUCGUCACUGCUCGCUGCAAGUGGCUGAAAAAGAAAAUCAUGCAAGCCAGGGAGAGGGUGAAACAGAAAUCAAAACAAGACAUUGAAGAGGAGGGACACACCACAUGCCAGAAGGAUGGGAUUGGUGGGAAUGUCAAGCUGUGCCGACUGCAGCCACUACUGGAAGUGCCCAUCCGAGAGGCUGAGGCCCAGCCCUUUGAGGUGCUCAUGCAGUUCCUGUACACAGAUAAGAUAAAGUAUCCCCGCAAAGGUCAUGUGCAGGAUGUGUUACUCAUUAUGGAUGUGUACAAACUGGCCUUAAACUUCAAGCUCUCUCGGCUGGAACAGCUCUGCCUUCAGUAUAUUGAAGCAUCUGUAGAUCUGCAGAACGUGCUCAUUGUGUGUGAGAAUGCUAACAAGCUUCAGCUGGAUCAGCUAAAGGAACAUUGCCUGAACUUUGUGGUGAAGGAAUCCCAUUUUAAUCAAGUCAUAAUGAUGAAGGAGUUUGAACAUCUUUCUUCAUCCCUCAUUGUGGAGAUUGUCCGGAGAAAGCAGCAGCCUCCUGUCCGAACGCACUCUGACCAGCCACUCGACAUUGGAACAUCUUUAAUUCAGGACAUGAAGGCUUACCUGGAAGGAGCUGGGACUGAAUUCUGUGAUAUCAUCCUGCUCCUAGAUGGGCACCCACGGCCAGCCCACAAAGCCAUCCUGGCAGCUCGCUCCAGUUACUUUGAAGCCAUGUUCCGUUCCUUCAUGCCAGAAGAUGGGCAAGUGAACAUUUCUAUAGGAGAAAUGGUUCCCAGCAAGCAAGCAUUUGAGUCCAUGCUUAGAUACAUCUAUUAUGGAGAAGUGAACAUGCCUCCUGAGGACUCCCUAUACCUCUUUGCAGCACCUUACUACUAUGGCUUCUCCAACAACAGGCUCCAGGCCUACUGUAAGCAGAACCUGGAAAUGAAUGUCACGGUGGAGAAUGUGCUCCAGAUUUUAGAGGCAGCUGACAAGACCCAGGCCCUGGACAUGAAGAGGCACUGCCUGCACAUCAUCGUUCACCAGUUCACCAAGGUCUCCAAGUUGCCAAAUCUCCGCUCGCUCAGUCAGCUCCUCCUCCUUGACAUCAUAGAUUCCUUAGCUACCCACAUCUCAGACAAGCAGUGUGCAGAGCUGAGCGCAGACAUAUGACAUGCCUUGGUAAUCCACCUUCUCAUUUUUUCCUGAAAAACACAGGCACUUUAGAGCUGGCUCUGGUUUACUGUUACGUGUGGAGUAGCUCAGUGUCUGCACACUACAGCAGGCCUGGAGGAGCAGGGACAGCUGAGGCGCUCUCUCUGGAUUUUCUGGGUUUGUACCUUUGUGCAGCGUUUGGACUUUGUUACAUUUGUUACCCAAAUGUAGACUUGAAAUCCUUGCGGGCCUGAAUUAAUUCCACGUGGUUUGGGGAGUUACUAAGUUCAUAAUCAAGCCCAUUAUUACUUUCAUACUGUAAAAUCAAGCAGUCAGGAGUAAGAGUCUCUAAUCCUUUGAAACACAAUAUUUAAAAAUACUAUUUAAAGAGCUUCAGCUGACGCAGCCCCAAGGGCUGUAAGGGGAAGUCAGAACGAAACUGGGAGCAAGAGCACGUGUUGUUCACAGGGAGACUGGACCUUGGACCAGAAUGCAUUGACUUUUCAGAGCCUCCAUGGUGUGGAUUAACAGAUAAACCCCUGUGCAACUGCCCAGAUUGGUGGGCUGUGGGAAUCCAGACCUAUGCUCUGCAGCAGGUCAGACUGGAAGAUUAUAGCAGUCCUCUCUGACCAUCAAAUCCAUUAAUCCUGUCUUGCUAAGCCUUUCUAAAUCUAUUUGUUAAUAAAGAAUGAACAUCUCCUGGCAUUUCAUUAUUAACUUGGAUUUCAUUUUGGAAAAAACUAAGCAAAAAACGUUCUGCGCUUGAUGAAAGUCACAUUGUUAAAAAUAAGUGUGUUACAUCUUGUUACU